AUGCCACCUCUCGAUCAACCCAAACGACGAAAUCGAAAGUCGGCAGAUGCAGAGUUGACUCGCUCUGCAACUUACACCCGCCUCACGGCCACCGAAACCGAUAUCGAUGUCCCUCCCAUCAAGCGAACCUUCUCCGAGAAUAUCAUCUCCCUCUCCCCCGAUCGAAAGCCAGGCAAGGUGAAUGAAGAUGCUCAUUCAACCAAUCUGGAACUUCUGCGUCGUACUUCGCGCAAGAUGAAACGCAAAAUGUCCAGUGCUGCUAAGUUUUCCUUAUCGCCGGAUGAUGAGGAGGAAAAUAAGUGGGAAACAAGAAAAUCCUCUGAUAAUGCGGAUCAAUCCAAAAGCUUGAGUCGUUCUGUUGCUGGUACUUUCCGAUCCUUGGCUCGUAAAUCCUGGGCUGGGAGUACAUCUCGCCCAUCCUCGCAAUCGCCAACUCGGAAGGAAAAGAAGGAGAGAAGUUGGUCCCCUGGAAAAGACAAGGCCGCCCCAGCUGCGAACUCUAUUGCCCUUCCAGAACCCGUUGCUGCGAGAAUAUCUUCAACGACUUCGGCUCCAGAACCUGAUACAGAAACCCAACCACAAUUACUCCAGAAGCCGCUCAGUGCCUUACAGACCAGAAACAAAAGUGAAAUCAGCCUCAAACGCCUCUCUAGGAAUUCUUCUUCAACUUCUUUGAAGAGUUUCGCUUCGACCGAACGAUCACGCUCCAGACUAUCACUUGGUCGUCCUCCUCCACUACCUCCUUCUUUGUCCUCGGAUCGCUUGGCUGCCCUCAACGCUGAAGCCCCUCGGAAGAAGGAUCCUUUAUGGUCCGCCUUUCGAUCGAUAGAAAGCGAAUAUGUCAACUUUCAGUCAAAAACCAGUUUACAAAGGGCCAAGGUUCUUCGAGGAAGCCUGCUGCCAUUUCUUGCGAAGUACAAUCAACAUCCUUCAAAUCAAAAUCUGAGAGCUGAAGAUCUCGAUCGUCGAAUCGCCGUCUUGAAUAAAUGGUGGACUGGUCUAUUGGAAAUGCUUCAUGGCAACAAUCAUCAGCCCAUCUCAGGUACCGAUCGCCCCGCAUUCCUCGAAGCAGCCUCGACAAUCAUGAUGCGACCCGAAUGGAGAGCACCAGGUUUUGUGUCGACUACGGCGGAAACUCCAAGAAGCUCGAAUCUGAAGUCUAAAUCAACGGGUUCUCUGGAAUCUGAUGAGGUGGAUUUUUUGGUGGACACCGUUUAUCAGAAUGUUCGCAACACUUUCGUACAAAAUCUUCUUUCUCAGAUGGCCUUCGUGGUGGACAAAUUGUCAAUGCGGAGCACUCCAGCAAGUCUAGUAACCUUUGCAGGCAAAGCUUGUGCAUAUGCCUUUAUGUUCUGCCCGGGAGUUGCAGACCUACUCACCAGGUUGUGGUGUCUACCGCCGGGAACUUUGCGCCGGGUCUUUUCAGAAUUUGGAAGCGAACGUGGGGAUAAAUUGGAUCUUGUGUCACAAGCACUAGCUGCCAAUUUACCUGCGCCCGUGCGUACUCUCAUCGUCUCAUCCCAAGCAGCAUUGUCUCGACACCUUCAACGGAGUAAUCAAAUUCCUCAAGGUUCCGAGAACAUUCGUUGGCAUGGUCCGUGGAUUGGUCGAUGGUGUGGACGAGACAGUGAUUUGUUUUUUGUCUUUAUCAAAUACUAUCACACAUUGGUGGCCGAGUUCAUUACCGACGAUGUCAGCCUGAAAGAUCGAGCAGGUAUUCCAGGUUUGAUUCCAAUUUGCGCUCAAAUGUUGGUUGUCCUCGAAACCACCGUCUAUCGACAAGCGGGACAGACUUCGGUGGAAAAUUAUGCCACGGGCACGGCAAGCUAUAUGGACAAUCCUGAUGCCCUUGCACCUCUACCUAUGACGAUUGCCAAUGCCACUCGAUCCAUCUCGGAAAAUCGUCUCAUCAUGCUUCUCAAGGAUAUUUGUAACGACACGACCCGCGAAAACGCAUUCCAGCGUAACCUCAUCAUCGAAUCUUUCGACGCCGUGACCAAGGCGGCGGCUCGAAAGAUAUCAUUGUACAAUAACGACGCAUGUUUUGUCAUUUGUGAUUUUAUGGAGGAAGUCCUUCCUGUUAUGUUUCGAUACAACCAAAGUUUCCAAGAUACCCCAAUUGCGCUGGACUGGCCUUUUUGGCUACAGGUGUGCCAGCGUAUGUUCAAGAGUCAAACCACCCUAACACAGAUCCGCUUGAUCGCCUUUUUGUACAGCACGUGGUCCACCUGGACUCUUAAUGAAGAACGAAAGCGUGAAUUUGUUUUGGAGUGGUUGUUGGAUCCGAGCAUUUUUGAACCUAUGUUUUGUCAUUGGUCUUCUAUGGUACGCCAUUAUUUCUAUCGGUUGUUGUGUUGGAGAGUGGCCAGAUAUGAUGGCGAGUUUACUCCGUUGGAUGUAGAAAUCCUUCAGACAUUGGCAACUCGGUUGAAUAAAGUUUGGGGCCAUUACCAAUACCUCAAAGCUGAAGCAGAAAUGCGAGAGACACCACCACCGUCUUGUACACCCUGCUCGCCCGCACCGAAUCGAUAUUUAGUUAUCGUACGGACGGACAGCCAACCAAUUCUUACGCCAUCAAUGAACAACUUCGAAAAAUACCUGCCUUCUACUCUAAUCAGCCAAAACUCACCAUAUCAGAAUCAUUCUUCUGCUCUCAGUUCCAUACCGGCCGCUGACUCACCUAACCAAUCAUCAAAGAAGCGUUGGAGUCUUUUCAAGGGUCUUAACAACGUGUUUGGUCCUGUACCAGGCAAUCAUCGUCCAGGUGAGGUAACACCACCUGGGACUCCUGACGAAAAAACCACACCAAAUUCAUCAUCAGAACAUCUUCCAGGUCCAAACAGCGCGAUUACAACGGCCCGAGCACCAUCUCGUCCAGCAACACCGCCACAUCAGACUUUUUCUUUCAAGUUUUCUCUCGAAUGGAACAACCAACGCUCGGCCGAGCAGCGCAAUCCUCGUAAGAUUACACCACCUUCACUUCCCACCAAUGCGCAAAACAUUCUACAAAAGUCCCAGAAUCGUCAAAGCUCAAGUAGUGGUGGGAGCGGAUCCACUACUUCCAUCAGUGCUACUAGUGCGCACAGUAGCAAUGGGACGGGAAGUGGCACUUCCGAAGAUGCGAAGAUGCGCACACGCACUGGUGAGAUUCGUCCUCUGAAGCCCAUGCCGCAAGAGGUCAGUAUUGCACGGUACAGUGGCCGCGCACUGGCUGAGUGGCGACAAGUUCUUGUCGAGUGUGGUCACUUUUAUCAUCGAAGGAGACUAGAGGGCGUACCGAGGGAUAAUCUCAUUGAGACGCCGACUAUGGGUGUUGAGACAUUCCGUUUGGCGGGCUAG